AUGGGGGUGAAAACGCAGUCAAAAUCCCCAGCAAAAUCCUCGACAACGCAAAUCGAAUUUGGCUCAUGGUUGACGCUCACUGCGAGGAUUUUCGAGCAUUGGGCCAUGUCAUGGACGAAACGGAAUGACAGACAGCUCGGCUUUGGGCCACGAGGGUCUGGGUGCGGUGCAGAGCCUGGGUGUGACAGGGGUGGCCCCAAGAAUCAACCGGUGCCAGGCUCCAUGUCGAGACCAGCGUGGUUGGUGUCAGCUUCAUAUCGAGGCUGCUCCAUCUCCAUCUGGCACCAGACGCUCUUUGAGACCCUGGCAGCACAAAACCGACCAGACACGACCAGACAAAACCAGACAAAACCAGGACCAGACCAGACAAGACAAGACGGGACCAGACCAGGACUGUGCUGUGCUGGAGGAGCGGCAUCAUCAACAACGGCGUCUGAUCCAUCAUGUCACCACCAACACCAGCCGCUGAACCCCAGGUCUGUUGGACCAAUUGGGCACGCCACCGAACAGCAAAGGAACAUCAAUCCUCGCCUCCCACCAUCAACAUUGAAUGGAUCCUGCUUUUGA